UGGCCACCGCAGCUCGCUUCUAUCACGUGUUUGCACUGGCAGCCACCUCUACCUAUGUCUUGCAACAACUUAUUUACGCUUACCAGGCCAGUCCCUUUAUUAUUUUUGACGCAUCAAAGUGUUCUUUUGUAGCCUACUUACAACAUAAAUUGUUGCACUGUUGCACUAUUGUCCCCGUUCCCCUGAGAUUCCGGGAUAAAAACUAUCCUACAUCCUUCCUUGAAUCUCAAAUUACAUUUGUGCCAAAGUGAGCUAACUUUCUUAGUUUUACUUAGACUGGUUUUACUGUGUAGCGAAUUACAUUUUCCGUGGCAGGAAAGAAACGACAUGGACAAGCUGUCGCAAGUGAUGUUUGUGUUGCUGUGCCACGUCACAUGCGUCGCCAAGCAAGUCGCCUUCCACGUGGACGCGGGCCGGAUUGAUCAACUCAUCGCGAGGCUGGACGAGCCGCUGCUGAACCAGUGCGGCGGGCCGCGCGGCGCGCUGCUGCACGGCACGGCGCGGCGCGCGGCGCGACUGCUGCGCGUGUACUCCGGCUGCGCGGUGGCCACCUGCGUGCUAUGGAUAGUGUUCCCUGUACUUUACAGGAUACGGGGUAUCGCAUUCGAGUUCCCCUUCUGGGCAGGCAUUUCUUACGAUCAUAAUCUUGUGUUCGGCGCAGUGUUGCUGUACUCCUUCUAUACAACCAAUUUAGUAGCGAUCGGUAACACCACAAUGGAUGCGUUCAUGGCCACAAUCCUGGAUCAGUGCAAAACUCAACUUAGAAUUUUGAGGAUGAACUUCGAGACGCUGCCGGAGCGGGCGCGCGCGCUGCAGCGGGCGGGCGGCGGCGCGUACGACGCGAGCCUGCAGCGGCUGUUCGUGGACUGCCUGCUGCACUACAACAUCAUCACCGAUACCUGCACAAUCCUGCACGACGUGUUCGCCCUGCCGCUACUCAUACAGUUCGGAGUGGGCGGCUGGAUCCUGUGCAUGGCCGCCUACAAGAUAGUCAGCCUGAACGUGCUCAGUAUUGAGUUUGCAUCGACCACGUUGUUCAUCAUCUGUAUUCUGAUAGAACUGUUCAUAUUCUGCUACUACGGGAAUGAAGUAACAGUGGAGAGCUCGCGCGUGUCGGAGUCGCUGUACAGCAUGGAGUGGGCGCGCGCGGGCACGGCGUUCCGCCGCUCGCUGGUGCUGGUCAUGGAGCGCGCCAAGCGCCCGCUGCGCCCCGCCGCCGGCCGCGUCAUCCCGCUCUCUCUCGACACAUAUGUCACGAUUCUGAAGUCUUCAUAUAGUUUCUAUGCAGUCCUACGGCAAACCAAAUAAGAAAAAAGCAAAGAUUGGUAAAACUUAACUACUUACUAACUAAUAUUAUACAUAUAUAACUAAUCCUUACUAAUAUUAUAAAUGUUAAAGUAACUCUGUUUGUCUGUCUGUCUGUUACGCUUUCACGCCUAAACCGAUUUUGAUGAAAUUUGGUAUAGAGAUAGAAUAGACCCUGAGAAACAACAUAGGCUUUUUAUUGCAAAAAAAUAAGGGAGAAUGGGUAAAAAGGGGGGAUGAAUGUUCAUAUGGAAAUUCGUCAUUUUAAAGCUGUAACUCUGAAACUUAUUGUAUUUAGACAUUUUAUGAUAAACGAAAGAACAUAGGCUACUUUUUAUUGCAAAAAAUAGGGGAGAAUGGGUAAAAAGGGGGGAUGAAUAUUCAUAUGGAAAUUCAUUAUUGUUACAGCUGUAACAGUGAAACUUUGUAUUUAGACACUUUAUGAUAAACCAAAGAACAUAGGCUAGAAUAAAAAAAUACAUUGUUAAUUGAAGGCGUAGAAUGGUUGAUAGAGGACAUUAAUGUUUGCUUAAAAAUUCGUUAUUUUUGUUAAUACUGUUGCCUGUGGCUUCACUCGCGUUUGAUUCAUACCUACCUAUUUAUUUUAAUCGCCAAUAUCCCUACUACCAUACUAAUUUUAUUAAUGCGGAAGUAACCCUGUAACGGCAGCAUUUUGACCACCAACCACAAAUACAACCACGCGGACGAAGUCGCGGGCAAAAGCUAGUAUUAUAUAUGUCGGAAUCGAGGGUAGAAUAUUGGAACACAAGCGCCCCCUCCUCGGCGCUCGACGGAGUCAAGAA